AUGCCACCCUGUAUUUUGCACGAUGAUGAAGUCCUUGGUAAUCACCUAGACACCACCAAAGGCGAACCAGCUUUUGAACUUAUCUUCCUUGCUGAAAGGUAUUAUUCCACCCAUCCCAAUAUUGUGAGACCUCUCACCUCAGUGACUACGGCUAAGACUAAAAGAGGCAAAAGAAAAGCUUCAGAAGAAUUGACCAUUUCAGAUCAGGAGCUUGACGAUUACUUCAGUAGUGACAGUUCUCUCGGUACUGCUAGAUAUUCAUUGAGCAAAACCACCAGAAAGAAAUCCAAGUCGACCCCUUCAACUUCUACGCGAAUCACCUCACCACCCCUAACCCGCACCAAAAGGGCUACAACCUCAAAGUUGAACCAACCUGUCAGGCCUUUUAAAAGUCAGACCAUUAAUAAUAGCUUAAGCUCUCUACCACCACUUUUCACUCCUCCGCCCAACAUGAGGCACUUAAAUGCAAUUGAUGAAAGAGCACAAAUCACAGAGGUAGUACCACCAAAUCACACACUUGUAGCCUUUGAUUUCCGUGCACCCAUGGACAUUCCUGCCUUUGGGCAAAACUUUCCAAUGGCUGCACCACUUCCAUCUAAUCCAACAUCAGAUGGUUUUAUUGACGGAAAGAGAUUACACAUGCAAUCUAAUUCCAAAGGAAAGCCUGAAUGGAAGGCAGUUCAGUAUUAUUUCAAGGUUGAUGAGAGUAUAAAAAUUGGUGAAGGUGGUUUCAGGAUAUGCUACAAAGCCUUUCGAAAGGAUGCAACAGGUGAUGUGAAACCUAUGGUGGCUAAAAAGCAGAUGGUUUUGCCCUACUGUAAAUCUGUGCUGGAUGUUCACAGAGAAUCCGGUGGAACUUAUGCUGCGGUCGCAAGUGUUAUUGAGCAAUUCAAGCAAAAGGCAUUGGAAUCUAGGAACCAGUUUGAUGUCUAG